UCAUAUAUCAAUCAAUGACAACAAUGGAAGUGACAUACGAGCGAUUUUGUGAUUAAGAUUUUUAAAAUAUUUUGUAAAUUAUAGUGAAUUGUAUGUAAAAGUUAUUUAAAGUGUGUGUUAAGGAAAUUAUAGAUAAUAGAUCUAAGUUAUGCCAUCGGGACGGAAACGAUGGAAUUUGCAUGAUGGACCUCAGGGCUCGUUGCGACGUCUCCGCAAUCAGCUCGCCGAGGACGGUUGUGCAGAAUCACAAGUAGUUCUUGCCAAACAAUUGUUAGAAGAAAAGUGUGAACUAGAAGCGGAUAAGAUAUCAAACUUUAAGCAGGCUUUGGAUUGGUUAAUAUGUGCUACGGAGCAGGCACAUCCAGAGGCUCGGAGAAUGCUAAGUCGCUGUAUUCGGAGUGGUGUUAUAGACGAAGACAGCGCUCCAAUAGUACGGGCCAAGUCAUGUUUAGCAGCGAGCCGUCAAGAGACGGUUGCAAGGAAAGCUGCCAGGGAUCUGUUUGCGAGUUUAUCGAACGGCGAGCAAUAUAUAACAACGGCUCAGUUGGAGAGGCGCAUAAGGGAGAUAUGCGCCACCACUCUCAGGAAGGGCCCCGGCGAGGACUCACUGGACGAUGAGACGCCAGAAGAAGAGAGGGCGUUGGACGAACAAGCCUUAGAACCUUCCAAACUACAAGCUGGUGACCACCUCCAUACCAACGGUACCAUACGGACUCAUGAUGUGGAUGAAGAUUAUCCUGAAAGAUGCCAGAAUGAUGACAUACGGAACCUAACUGUGGAUAAUUUAGUAUCAGCUGCGGUAGAUUACUGUCAGGGAGAGUUGCCGUUAGUUAGCUACGAAUUGACUUUAACGGACCCAAGCGUGAAGGCUCUAGAUCACAUUCCCAUAUUACACCAGGCUUUUCUGCAUCCCAUAGUCUUUUUGCAGGUUUUGUAUCUGAAAUUGCUCUACUACUUUGGGUCCUUCUCCUUCAGACUGUCGAAUAUCGAACUGUCAGUCCUCCUAAUAUGUUACUUGUCCGUAAGCACGGACAGUUUGUAUCAUCUAGUCCCGCUAGUUUUCUAUUACGCCAGCAUAAUCGCUAUGGUUAUUUGUACAUUCAAGAUGCUGCUGGCCAAACGCCAGUUUAUAGAUUUCCGGAAGUGGUCGGGUCUGUUCUUGCGGUACAGCGACGGUAACUUGCAGCCGGACGAGUCGGAAGAUCUGUUUGUCCGGAACAACCUGGCGCCGUUUGUCCAAUUCUUUCUGGCGUUGUUCGUGAACCUGUUCUUGUAUCCAUUCAUCGCUACCCAAUGGGUGCCGUUCUCUGAAUUCUGUGUUUUGUCCUUCUGUCUAAUGUUUCUGACGCUAUUGUCGUUUGGCACGAACGGGAGUCCUUACCCGGACGUGUUGGCUCUGAUCUCCUUCGGUAUAAACGUUCUCGCCAAAUAUCCUUACGAGAAGGAUACUGUUGUCCAUCAAGGUUGGAGGUUCUUGGAUUUGCACAUAUCCAAUUAUCCGUCUUAUAUACUUGGGAAUAGCAUAGAAUUCUGCUUGAACGCCCGAGUCUUCUUCUCUCUGCUGAUACCGAUAAUCCUAGCCGUGAUGGCGAAGAGGAAUAACUGGCAGGGCGUAUUGAAGUACACCCUACCACAUUGCGUGACCUUGAGCUGGUUGCAGAUGUUCAUAACGUGUUCUCACGGCUGUACGACCUACGGUUUGAUAAGGGGAACCCUGGCUUUAGUUUGUACGUUUCUAUUCUUGCCCCUAAUGGGCAUAGUGACAGUGACCUUACCAAUAAUAGCCUUCCUUCAAUACGUCACCAUGUCCAAACUAUUGUAUACAUUGACGGUCCUAAUUUGGCUGGUCGUAGGUUUAACUGUCACAUGUUUCCUUGCGAAAUCCGAAGCCACAAAGAAGUUUGUCACUCCAUUUCAGAUCGCUAUAGGUAUGAUAACGUUAAUAUACACCGGAAACCAAUUCGCUGUGAACAUCCAGGAGGACGGCAUCGCGUCUGGGCUCAUAGAGAUCAUCGGAGAUGAAAAAUCCAGCAUCAAAAACCUGUUGAAGAACGAGUUUAUGACAGACUACGAGGAUAGCUUGUAUCACAUCAACUGGGACGAUUAUUACAACCAAUGUAACACGCCAUCUUGGAACGAGAGGAAUAUGGCGACCACUCAGAUGAAGUGUUCCGUACUGGACGGAGCUCACGUGAACUGGGAGGGUUAUGUUAAAGAUGUCAGAGUGAAAAGUGUCAGGAAUCAAUGGAACACUGUCGCUGGCUGGUUGCCCCAAAUAAUGUCGGAGUAUUUCAAAUGUUACUACGGCGAGGAGUUUUCUAGUCUGUGCCGUAACGACGUGGCCGAUUGUGAAUUUGUGCAGACUGUGGCUGAAGAGAGCGGCAAGAGCUGCCAUUUGAAUAAUUUUAAUGAAUACACAUACGAAAUAACAGUGAAUAUGGAAGCGAAUGGCGGCCUAUUGAAACGUCACUCAGAAAUCAUUUUGACGUUUGACAAUUUAUUUACAAACUUUACGCGCCUUUUACGUUCGGACGAUAAGAUCAAUUUUAAAGGUGUUUUACUAAAUGAUCACGAUUCAUAUAAUAUUGGUCAUAGAAAUCUGAAUAUUAAAGGUUACGAAUUAAAAUGCAUUGAGUGUAAAGAAGCUAGGGGUGCUGUCAGCUCGAGGACGCCGUCUCCAUCGAAGCUGUCAGAACUUUUUCGGACAAUUGUUAAUGAUUGCGUCGUUUCAGCUAAAUACAUAUUGAAUUUCUUAUUAAAUCCCAUUGUUGUUAUCAAAUAAUUGUUGUGUUUUGUUACUAUGAACGCGUCCUGUUUAAAUUUACUUCGGUCUCAUAAAUUUCCAGUGAUUUUCUGUUUGCGUGUAUAUAAAAUGUAUAUCAUCCAGAUUGAUUAAAAUUCUAACUAUGUCCAUUUUUAUAAUAUUUUUAGACAUAAUAUUGGUAGUUAUGUAGAUGUGUGUAAUCAAUGUUUUAUUUGAUAAAGGAAAUCUUUUGAACAAUUACAACUUUACUCAACUUGGAUAGAAUUAUACACACCGGUGGAUACCAUAAUGACUGAUUUGGUUAUGUUUGAGUUGAAUUAAUAUAUAAAUAUGUAUUACGUAGAACCCAAGUAAAGAAUCAUGGUGCACAUCUAAGAUAAACAAUCCUUGUAGCUAUGACUGAUUUCUUAUUUUAAUAGUUGAGAUGAAAAUUAUAUGAGUAAAUUGCAUAUGUUUUCUUAGUAUAUAUUUUUAUGUAAAUUAACAGUAUUUUAUUAUGCCCCGACAUUGGUUCCCCAGUGUGAUGUUAUGACAAUAUACAUGGUAAAUGUGGAUGUAAUGUAAUAAAAAUAUAUUUUGAUUGAAUCUCAAA